AUGGGUAUAAAAAGAGGGACAGUCGAUGAGUACCUCACAGUCAUUGGCAGAAGCCAACGCAGACAAGUCAGCAAGGCUGCAGUAGUGAACAGAACAAUGAAGUUGUUGGUCUUGGCUUUGACCGUCGCCCUGCUGUUUACAGCUGGUGAAGCCCUGAACUGCCACCGUUGUGUGUCCAAACAGGCUGGAGGGAGCUGUGAGCCCACUGUAGAGACCUGUAAACCGGAGAAGGAUGGCUGUGCUGCUGCCAAAUUCCUCAGAGCACCAUAUGGCCAGUACCAGAAAUGCAUGGCUCUGUCGGACUGUGAAAUGCUCAAGAUGAAUGCCUUCAUCAAUAUGAAGUGCUGUAGUGAUGACAUGUGCAACACUUUUGACAAUUAAAUGUAAAAGUCUAAGAAAAUUACAAUGUAAUAUGAACAUCAAGGCACUUAAACCCAAUGACUCCUGCAGGCUGCUCCCACGUGUGAAUACGUGUAUGAAUUUAAAGCAGCUUUUCUAAAAAACAAAAUUUGCUCUGUCAAUCACUUCCCAUAAAAAAAUAAAAUGGUUUC